AUGGCAUCUGGAGGAAGAAGGGGGCUGAGCGAGAGAGAGAAAGAGAGCAGGCACUUCCUUGGGAUAAGGAAGAGAGCAUGCACAUCCUCGCCGUCGCAUGCCCGCAACGCCACGCGCAACAUGGGCGGGAUCAUGUUCGCCAUACCGUUGGGCAGCCUCGACGGCCACGUCUCCAACACCUUCGGGGGCCCUCACCAACUUCCCCCGGCCUCCUUCAACCUCACCCAGCCUGUUGCAUGCUUCGCGUCCAAAAACCUCACCGCCACCGACAUGGUCACGCUCUUUGGCACGCACUCCAUCGGCCGCUCCCACUACUCCUCCUUCUCGGAUAGCCUGUACACGCAGCUGGACGCGGCCAUGGCCUAG